CCGACGACGAGAAGGUGCGAGACGACGCGACGACGCGCGCGAGCGCGACGCGCGAUGAUUCGCGUCGCGCGCGGUGGCGCGCGCGGUCGGCGACGCGCGCGGUCGGCGACGCGAACGCGCGCGGAGGGCGCGACGCGCGGUGAUCGACGGCGACGACGCGGGGCUUUACGAUGCGGCGGCUCGGCGCGCGCGAAAGGGGGUGGACGACGCGCGCGCGCUUGGAUCGCGCGAAGGAUUACGAUCGAGCGCGCGCGUUCGUCGUGGGAGAUGGCGCGCGCGAGAUGGCGGCGCUGGAGGCGCGCGCGAGCGGCGGUGACCCUAUUGAGAAAGCCCUAGCGGCAUCGGGCGACGAAGACGAACGCGACGACUGACGACGAACGCGAUGGACGCGCGGUUGAAAAACAGAUGGUGAAGUACGCGAGAGAACCGGAAGAUGCCGAAAAGUCGUGCAAGGCGCGCGCGUCGGACCUUCGCAUCUCGUUCAAGAACAUGCGCGAGACGUGCAUGAUGUUGAAGGGUAAGAAGCUCGAGGACGCGGAGCAAUACUUGAAGGAUGUCCUCGCGAUGAAGCGAUGCGUCGUUUUCCGUCGCUUCUGCGGUGGUGUUGGUCGCACGGCGCAGGCGAAGAACGAAGGUUCGACGAACGGUCAAGGCCGCUGGCCGAAGAAGGCGGCGGAAGCCGUGCUCGGUUUGCUCGCCAACGCCAAGAGCAACGCGGAGACGAAGGGCUUGGACAUUGAGAACUUGUCCGUGUCGCACAUCCAGUGCAACAAGGCCAUCCCGCAGCGUCGGCGCACGUACCGUGCGCACGGUCGCAUCAACCCGUACAUGUCCAACCCGUGCCACGUUGAGAUCACGCUCAGCGAAAAGGUGGAGGCCGUCAAGCGCGAGGCGGAGCCGGUGAAGCUCACGCGCAAGCAACAGGCGCGCCUUCGAUCGGGCUCUAAGAGCAACUAAACGAUCGAUAUCGUGACUAGAUGGGGGGUUGGCGCGAGCGCUCGCAGUGGUGAGCCGUUUGCAUUCACUAGGAUUUCGCGGUUUCGUGUUAGACGAAGCCGAGUUUAUCUCUUGUAAGAAGACGGAAGGACAUUCUUGCUAUCACUA